AUGAAGUCGCUUUUGCUGCUGCGCUUUCUGCUGGUCACCUCGCCCAGCCUUAGCAGCCGCAGUAACAACCAAUUGCUGUUGCAGCUGCUGCUGCUGCAGCUGCUGCUGCUGCAGCUGCUGCUGCUGCAGCUGCUGCUGCUGCAGCAGCUGCGCUGCGCUGUAUUCAGCGCCUUUGCUUCGGACGCAGCCGGAGCAGGGACCGGCGCUGCUGACUGCGGCUUGCCCGCAGCGCAGCAGCGCGAACUGCCCGCAGCACCCCCCUCAGCGGCGCCCGCAGCAGCAGCAGCAGCGCCCGCAGCAGCAGCAGCAGCAGCAGCAGCAGGGAGCGAGAGCGAGGGCGGGGCGUCCGGGGAGCUGUGCCUGUUUGUGGGGCAGGAGGUGCGGAUACACCUGGUGGACUUGGUGCGGACUCGCGUGACUUUAAUUGCUGCUGAAGUUUUGAAUUCAAUGAAUUUAUUUUUCAAAGAAAUGUAUUUCCGAGAAAUGGCGGCGGACGCGGCCUUGGCGGAGCUGUACGUACACCACAGCAGCAGCAGCAGCAGCAGCGGCGGCAGCAACACGUCGCUGCGGCCCUCCAGACGCCUCCGCGGAAUCAUCACUGCGUUUUACACCAAGUCCGGAAACGAAAACAAAAACGAAAAUAAAAAUAAAAUGACUUUUAAGGACUCGGAGGUGUGCGCGGUGGAGCAGCAGCAGGAGCAGCAGCAGGAGUGGAGAACGCUUGGAGGGAAGCUUUGGGGCGCUGUGGAUUCGGAAAGGAGGGAAAGGGAAAGGGCGCGGCGGCAGCAGCGGCGGGGAGCGGCGCUGCAGCAGUUCGAGGCCGCUGCUGGCGGCGCAGCAGCACCAGCUGCCGCCGCCGCGGCUGGCGCUGGCGCUGGCGCUGCUGCUGCUGCUGCUGGAGGCGGCGCGGUCAGAAACGUGCGGCGGCGCGGUGCGAUCUGGGGUUGGGGCUUUACGCGUUUGGGGCGGUCCCGGGCGCUGCGUCUGGGAAAAGAAGAAAGAAGGGCAGGCGGCGGCGAGAUCGGGCGGAGAAUGGCGGGUUUCGCGGGGAAGGCGGGCGCGGGCGCGGGGUGUACGUACGGCGGCGCGGGCGGGCGCGCGGGCGGCUCGCGGGUGGAUCUGGCGGCGGGAAGCGCGGAGUGGACGUGGUUCCGCGCGUUUCGCGCGGAAAUGAACAAAGAACUGGCGUGGAAAGGCAGCCUGAGCGCGCUGGUGGGCGCGUUGCUGGGCGCGGCGUGCGCCGUGGUGGUGAACUGCACGCUGGUGGAACUCUCGGCCUCGGCGCUCUUCGCCGCCUACCUGGGCCUCGUGUUCGUCGCCGUCGGCGCCGUGCUGCUGUGGCGCAUCCAGGCCACCGGCGGCGGCCCGCGGAAGCAGCAGCUGGCGCUGUUCGCCGCGCUCGUGCUCGCCUCCGGGCUGCUCUGUCUGCUGCUGCGCCGCAACUGGUUCCUCGGGCUGCACCCGCUGCUCAAGGUCCCCGCCUACACGGCGCUCGGCGUGUCCGUGGCCUUCGCGCUGGCCUUUUCCCUCGUCGACGUCGUCAACUGCUGCUUCGCCUGCUGCCAGCCCGCCGCCGCGCCGCCGCUGCUGCAGUCGCCGCAGCAGGCGCAGCUCGUGCUGCUCUUCGCCCUCGCCCUCGGCGGGCUCUUUGGCGGGCUCUUCGGGCUCCUCGACCUCCCCGACGAGACUCUUUACCAGCUGCGCCUCGCGCUGCAGCGCGAGCAGCUGCUCUGUCUCCCGCCGGGGGCCCUUUUGGGGGCCCUCGCCGGCUUCUGCAACGAGCUCCUGCGCCACCAGCAGCGGCGCCUCAGCUGCUACUCCCCGGAGUUCGACGAGGACAUUUGA